UUGGACAACCUCGGGUUUCAGGAUGUCAUAGGUCUGUCUGGAUCCCGUCAACACUAAAUCACACACUAACUUCUGUUUCCUCCAGAGACUCUAAAUCAGUAAUUCACUAAAUCUCCAGGACACUAAUGGUAUUAAUCGGUUUACAGAGAAGUACUCAAGUAAUACCUCUCUGUAAACCGAUUUAUAUAUCUCAUCAUCACAAUCUCCCCACAUAAUAAAGCUCCCCACAUAAUAAGGCAUCCUAAAACAGUCCAAGAGUACUUAACUCAGUGUUUUAUGUAUUUGUUUAUAUCCUUGCUCCAGUAUGCAUGGGUGCACGGGAGUGUUGUAAUAUUGGCUGUGUGUGUGUCUAAUGGAUUUGUCUAAUGGAGAAAGGGUGUGUGUCUAAUCUGACGCAACAAUCUGUUUAACUCUCUUCAUGAGUUUGUAAAAAGAGAAGGGGAUCGUGGGCACAGUGUGUAGAAUAUAAAGCACCACUGUGAGUGUGCAAUAAUCAUCUAGACUGACCUGCAGUAAAUCUGUGAUCAGAACACACUGGCAGACGGACCUGAGCAGCAUGUGCGCAAAUGUGUGUAUUCCUGGAAACUGGAUAUCUGUGUGAAUUUUAUUGGAUCUAAGGGGGUGGAGAAAAUGAUUACAGAUGAAAGUGCACACACACACACACACACACUAGUUGCCUGCCUGGCGUCACAAGAGGAAUAGGAAUAUGUCUGCCACCUCACUUCAUCAUCAUCACCAUCUCUUUCGUCAGUGAGAAGAAAGUGAGCGUACACAUCUGUCUCCUAUGUGCUCAUGUUUUGUGGUCUUUUUUUUUUCUCCCUCCCAUGUUCAUCUUAGAUUUACAUCUAAAACGGCUGAGAAAGAACAGACCCCUCUCUCUUACUCUUCUCUCUCUCACACACACACCAUUGUUGCACAAAAUGGAUCAGGGAGAUUGUUGAGGCUGAACCCAUUUUUGUCUGAAUUAAAUGAAACAAUAAAGGAAGGAGACAGGGUUACUGGAAUGGAUGGAUGUAAGGAAAUGUUUUAAAGGUGGAGAACAGAGCAGGUAGAUGGUGUUGAGGCGAGAAACUUCUCCAUCUGGCAGGUCAAGGUUUGUGUCCUUCCCGUACACUCUUUACCUCACCUUCUCACCUGGUUCUUAUCAGCUCUCCUGACAGAAAACACACUCCAGUGCCACACUGACUACAUGCAGUGCUGCUCCACUGCACUUUUACUACACUGUGUGGCUGGCAGUAGUGUUUCAUUCAUCAGUAAUGUGCCCAUAAAGCUUAGUUUAAUUAAAACAAACUCCCUGAGCUGAUAAACAGAAGAUUGGAAGUUUGCCUGAACAUUUGUGUCACAUUCAUUCAUCUCCCCUCCUCUCUGCCCCACAGACACGCAUGGAAUAUGAGUUUUUGAUAGUCUUAGAAAAAAAGUGUGCUGGGCUAAAUACAUUAAAAAAACAGCCAAGUCUGGCCUGUCGCCUCUUUGAAACAAUUUUUCAUUGAAGGAUAUUAUUUUCAGCAAGAGCACAGUGUGUUACCUCAGAGCUUUAAAGGGGGAAAUCGCCUGGUGUUGAGUGAAGCGAUGAGCGGGGCCAAACUGCCUGAACUCACACACACACAGCUCAAGAGAUUUCUGCUGUAAGCCCACAUAAUAAUUACUGACAUAAUUACAAGAGAUUAUUCUCACAGGGAGGAAAUGCAGCUCUGUUUUAACGCCAUGACUGAAUAAGUCAAAAGUAGAAAGUGGUUCCAUUUAUGAUCUUUUGUAUUUGCGUGCGUACGCGCAAGGUCUUUGCGUGCGCCCGUGGCUGGAAUUGUGUGAGGAGGAGAAGAGGUGGUUGUAAAUCUCACUUGAAUAUUAUUUAUUGUUUCAGGUUUAAGCUCCCAAAUUCGCCGCAAAAACGGUGUGUGUGUGUGUGUGUGUGUGUGUGUGUGUGUGUGUGUGCCAUAUAAGGAGUAGUGACGCGCCAGUCCCGUUGCGCGCUCAGAUGUGGUCUGUGCCUUGCAAUGUGUGUGUGUACAUGUGUGUGUGUGUGUGUGUGUGUGUAGGGGGUAAAGUUUUGUGCAGAAGGCGGGGGCGCGGCUGUGUAGUCUUGUAGUUGAGACUCUGGACAGACCUGGUGGUUUCAGGGUGUCAGGAGGCAGUUCUGAGGGGGAGCGCAGUGAUCCAGUGACAGCCAGUUGGCGGACUUAACCCGGGACAAACCUACCUCACCUGCACAGAGGAAACUCUCUCUCUCUCUCUCUCUCUCUCUCUCUCUCUCUCUCUCUGCUCUGUCUCCCAGUUCCCUCUCAUUUUUGGGGGGGUCUUUUUGCGCAGCUGGCUGUUCUUUAGGGAUGGAGCGUAUGUGGGACUGUGUUUCCUCCGCUGGGAUGUUUAUUCUCGGGGUGCUGUCGGUGCUGUGGCCGGCGCUAAAUGGAGUCUGGAGUUUUAACCUUUACGCAGAGCAUCCUACGGUUUACAGGGGACCCGAUGGAAGUUAUUUCGGUUAUUCUGUGGACUUCUACCAAGCUACCAGCGACAGCAACACGAUCAGCGUGUUGGUGGGGGCUCCAAAGGCGAACACCUCCCAGCCUGGUGUUGUGGAGGCUGGGGCCGUUUACUACUGCCCCUGGCCUGGAAGCACUGACAGUUGCAGACAGAUACCUUUUGACAAUUCUAAUAACAGAAUGAUAAAGGUAAAUGGCACCAGAGAGCCUCUGGAGUUUAAGUCGCACCAGUGGUUUGGAGCAUCGGUCAGGACACACAAAGGAAAAGUGGUGGCAUGUGCUCCUCUCUAUCAUUGGCGGACAGUGAAGCUGAGUGGGGAGAAGGACCCCGUUGGGACCUGCUAUGUAGCCGUCCAGAACUUUAGUGCCUACGCAGAAUACUCACCCUGCAGGACCAAUGAUCCAGACCCAGAGGGACAGGGGUUCUGCCAGGCUGGCUUCAGUGUGGAUUUCACCAAGGAAGGAAUGCUGGUGGUAGGCGGACCUGGAAGCUUUUACUGGCAAGGUCAAGUAAUGACAGCAGGGAUAGCUGAGAUACUGAACGGCUACUCUUUGAAGGCAGUGCUGAGACGGGUACCGGGAGAGAAACACACAAGAGCUGCUGAGGAAACACACGACGACAGCUACCUUGGUUACUCUGUGGCAGUGGGAGAGUUUACAGGAGACUCUGAACAAGAGCUGAUAGCCGGAGUCCCAAGAGGAGCACAGAACUUUGGAUAUGUGGUGAUGAUCAACUCCACCAACCUGACCUUCAUCCAGAACUUUACAGGGGAACAGAUGGCCUCUUAUUUUGGCUACUCAGUGGCGGUCACUGACCUAAAUGGAGAUGGGACUGACGAUGUGCUGGUUGGAGCGCCCCUCUACAUGGAGAGGGAGAUGGAGAGCAAACCCAAAGAGGUUGGAAGGGUGUACCUGUACCUUCAGAUGGCCCCGCUCACUUUCUCCAUACCUGUUGCCCUUACCGGCAUGCACACAUUCGGGCGCUUCGGCACAGCUAUAGCACCCCUGGGAGACAUCAACCAAGAUGGAUACAAUGACGUGGCGGUGGGCUGUCCGUUCGGAGGUGAGGAGCGUGGAGGCAGAGUACUGAUCUUUAACGGUAACAAAGAUGUAUCCACGAGAGGCCUGACGAUGAGCCAAGAGCUGAAAGCAGCCUGGACCCCCAGUGGCAGCUUGCCUGGAUAUGGAUUUACUCUGCGAGGAGGCCAAGACCUCGACAACAAUCAGUAUCCUGAUCUGUUGCUNGGGGCAUUUGGCUCAGGCGAGGUGGCGGUGUACAGAUCUCGAGCUGUAGUUUCUGUGGAAGCUUCAAUGAUCUUGACCCCCAGAAUCCUGAACCCUGAUGACCGACAGUGUCACCUGCCUGAAACUGAUAUUAUGGUUACCUGUCUGAAGGUGGACGUGUGUGCAGCAGUGAGUGGAGUGGGGAUCCCCAGCUCUGUAGACCUAAGAGCAGAGCUGCAGCUGGAUUGGUUGAAAGGCACCAGAGGCGGAGUUAAGAGAGUUUUAUUCCUGGACACCCAGCUGCCUCAGCGGUCAGGGCAUCUAAAGUUGGGUCACAACCGCCCACAUGCAUGCCUGAUCUACACCAUUUACCUGAAAGAGGACGAUGAGUUCAGGGACAAACUGACCCCUAUAUCACUGGCUCUGAACUACAGCUUGGCUCCACCCUCUCAUAGUCAAAACCUUCCACCUGUACUUAACCAUUACAGCAGCACCUUCCUUCAAGAGCAUGCCUACAUCCUCCUGGACUGCGGUGACGACAAUAUUUGUAUCCCUGACCUCCAGCUCUCUGCCAGCAUGGACCGCUCAGAGCUGGUGAUUGGAGACGACAAUCUGGUCAUGUUGACCAUCACUGCGGUGAACCGAGGAGAGGGGGCCUAUGAAACAGAGCUCCACACGCUGAUACCACCAGAGGCUGACUAUAUCGGAGUGAAGCGCAAGGUGGAGUCCCUGUCUCAACUAAACUGCGAGUACAAGAUGGUCAAUGAGUCCAGGAUGGUGGUGUGUGACCUCGGGAACCCAAUGGUGGCUGGGACAGAGCUGUCGGUUGGUUUGAGGUUUUCUGUCCAGAGGCUGGAAGAUGCUGGACCAAAGAUCAGCUUUGAGCUACAGAUCCACAGCUCCAACAAAGAUAACUCCGACAGCAACCCAGUCAGUUUGAAUCUGUCCAUCGCUGCCAAAGCUCAACUCGAUUUACGCGGGGUGUCUCAUCCCUCUCAGGUGGUGCUGCCAUUCCCACGCUGGGAACCCAAAGAGAAACCUGUCAAAGAGGAGGAUGUGGGGCCACAAGUAACACACAUCUAUGAGCUCCAUAACUCUGGUCCCAGCAGUAUUCAGGAGGCUGAGCUCCAGGUCGGCUGGCCUUCCCGUUUCCGUGACGAGAACCUGCUCUAUGCCAUGGAGAUUCAAACUGACGGACCAAUUAGCUGCAAGACGAAUGCCAGCCUCAACCCACUCAGCCUUCAGAUUUCCUCUCUCCAAGACACACCUGAGUUACUGGGUUUCUUGAGGAACACCAGCGCUCCUCAUCAGCGCCACAAACGAGCAGUGACUGCCGCUCAGAGCUACAGCGGUAAAACUUUGAACUGCACAAAUGUCUCCUGUCUGAGGAUCAUGUGCGUGGUUGGCCGGUUGGAUCGUGGGCACAGUGCAGUGGUCAAGAUCCGCUCGAGGCUGUGGGCGCAUACUUUCCUGCAGCGGCGUAAUGACCCCUACAUUCUCAACUCGACUGUGUCCUUCAUGGUCAUAGCCAUGCCUUACCGCAUCCAACCCUCCAUCCUGCCUAAACGCACCACCUCGAUGGGAACCAUGGUGUUAUGGGGGACUCCAGAUGUGUCAUUUGCUGUUCCACUCUGGGUCAUCAUCCUCGCCAUACUGCUGGGGCUGCUGGUGCUGGCUAUAUUAACAUUAGCCAUGUGGAAGUGUGGUUUCUUCGACCGGGCGCGGCCACCAGCUGACGAUGACGUCUCUGACCAGGAGCAGCUGACUUCUGAUCAAACAGGGGACGCCUAAGAUGACUUUCAACAGCUUCUGACUGGAGGACUGUGGUUUGGGAGGGAUGUGCACCUUCUGAGUAACUUAAACCAGAUCUGAGAUCUGUAUUUGUUGGACCUUACAUUUCUUGGCUGGAGGUAUUCUACCUCUCUGGUAAUGAAACUGACAGAAAGGACCGACUCAAGACUGCAGCGCCACACAGACUGGGACCAAAGAACGAGGUUCAAACCAGACAGAGUGGGACCAAAACACCCUUAACAGGCUCAAUCACACACACAUGUCCAUUGUUUAUCCAUUGUGAUGAAGAACUGAAGACAGAAUGGACUUUGUUGUGAAGACAAUGCUUUAAAUGUUUCUGUAACUGAACAUUCUUGUGUGUCUGAGUAAGUGAGGCACAAAGAGACUUGAGAUCUAUGCACAAGUACUUUUGUGAGUGUGAGAGUGUGUAUACAUGCGUGUGUGGGUACUGUACAUAUGUGUGUGUUUAUCAGGUGUCCCCCAUGUCAAUCUUUUGUUCAGUUAUGAAAUUCAUUUAAUUUAUCCUCGUUCCCUUUAAACUGGGCUGUAUACAGAGUUAUAACACACACACACACAUGCAGAUGCAGCUACAUGCAUAAACACAAAGGCACAAAGUUGGUGUGUAUAUUUAUGAAUGUAUGUGCAAUAUUUGGGCGUUGUUGCGUGAUACUGAAGCUUGUUUACACUGGCAUUAUUUUUAUUAGAGCUUUCCAUUGUGUAUGUAUAUAAAUGAUUAAUUGGUAUAGUGGAUAUUAGUAUUGCUGAACAACAAAAGCAAUAGUUCGGACUGAUUUACGCUAAAGCCCCACCACGUAAGUUUUAAAAAUGGAGCAGAGUGAGUAGACAAAUAGCAAAUAACUAACUUAUUAUUGUCGUGAUAGAAUGACUUUAGGAUUUUAUCUUUGAAGAAACAGACCAUAUCUCCACAGCUGAAGCCCUGCUAAUUCAAGGCUUAUCUGUUAUUUUGGAUUUUUCUUUCGAAAGUUGGCAGAUAAGACUUCAAAUACUAGCUGCAAAGAUAAACAGUCCAAAUUAAAAAACACAUUGUAGACAGUCUGCGGCUGUGUGCAUUACUGCACUUACUGUAUAGCAUUUAUCAGUGUGUUUAAUGUCGUCAUUUGUUAUAUCUGAUAUAGAAGUAUCAUGCACAGGCAGGCAGAACACAGUGUUUGGGACAUCAGCAGCACCAUGGGUUUAAAAUGAACUUUUAAUGUGUCAUGUUUGAGUCAUAUUUGGUUUUUGUAUCAAGUGUGUGAAGUUUUAUCACAAUAAAGUGUUGUUCCUUUUCUGUA